AUGUCUGCACAAGAAGUGUCAGAGAUAACACCUAAUUUGUCUGAGCCCACGCCUGAGCAAUCUCAGAAUAUUAUGCAAGAAAGAAUCGACGAAGUAUCCGUAUUAACUGAUGAUGAAAAAAAUGAAAUGUGCGACAUGAUUUCUAACUAUCGAAUUGAUGAAACAAUGGCCGACGAGUUUCAUGAAAUCAUAUGUAACACCGUGAUUAAAGACAAAAAAUUAUGA